UUAAAUAUCCAUAUAUAUAUAUUUAUCAUGUUUCAUCUUCAGGUUACAGUGUCUUAAUGAUUGUAACUGAAGGAGCAUCAGUGAAAGUUCAUCCAGGAGGAAACACAACACUUCCCUGUAGCAUUAAAAAUGAUACAGAGAUUAACUGGAUCAUUACGAAUGGAAACCAAACAUUUGUAAGAAUUCUGAAACUAGAAUAUCUUUAUGGAGGUAAAUUUAAACCAGAGCCCUCCAUUAUUCACCCCAGUUAUGCAGGUCGGAUAACAGCACUCAUUUCUCCCAUAAACACUCACUCUCUGCUUCUGAUGAACAUCUCUGACACUGAUCUCAUGCUCUACUGCUGCAUGGACUUCACACUUGAACAAUCUCACUGCACAAAGCUGGACUAUCAAGGUGAUGUAGAUUUCAGCACUAAAGAUGUUGAUCAGGAUACAGAUACUAUCAGUCAUGAAUCAGUGAUCAUCAAGAUCGUCUUAUGGCUGCCUGUCAUCUGUGUGCUUCUGCUACUGUUACUGGUGUCAAGUGUCUAUGUGUGUUGGAGAGGAACAGGACUGUGGAAAGGUUGUGGAAAAACUAAUAACCUGAACCAGGACUGGAUUCACAAUAGUGUUAAGGGUAAAAUGGGACAAGAUGAUUGGACACUGGUUGAAGUUUUGUAUACACCGAUACCUUAAUUGAUUAUUUCAAAAUUCUUUUAUUCACUUAUCUUCACCUUUUGUCUUUAAUACAAUGUGUCUCUUUGAUAAUCAGAGUAGUUUUAUAACCCCUGUUUUCAGAUGUACUUCAAUGUGCAGAUGCAGAUGUGCAGAUUGCUAUGAAUUGUAACACUUAACUGUUUAUGUCAAUGCUUUAUGUCAAUACUUUAAAUAUCUAACUUAUGUACAUGAAUAAUGACAAUACUUGCAAUGGCCUAUACUGUUGCAUUUUAUUGUGACUAUAAGGUAUCAAAAAGCUCCUCUCUCACAGCAGCCUUUUCACAGUGUUUCCUGUCUCUGAUUGUAGACUAAAUUUAGCUCUUGUGCCAGCAAUUACAAAAGCAAGUCGUCUCACACACAAUGAACAGAGACACUCUUUUUAGAGAAAUACUUCUAAUAAAUUGAUAGCAGAAUUGAAAUAAAGAUUUAAGAAGCUUUAUUUUUGGAUGCAUUUUCUUAUGGGUGUUUGAAGCAGUGACUUUGGUGGACAUGUCCUAAACUUUUUAUGUUAGACAUUAUGUUCAGUAACUGUUAACUACAUCCUGUUUUUCACUGCUGAUGAUGGUUGUUUAUGACCACAUAUAGCACUUUACCACAAUGAACCACUAAUGGGUGAAAUGAGAUAUGGCAUCUGACCAGAGAGACUGUUUCAGAGAACAACAGAUGGAAAGAUGGUCACACCAUAGUCUUUGAUAUAUUGCAUGAUGUUUUUUUAAAAGGGCGUUAUUGUGGAUUGAUUAAUUAACAUUUAAUUUGUUCUAAUAAAAAUUAAAACAACUGUGAAUAAAAAAUGGUAUCCCUAAGUUUAAAUAUGUAUUUUAAUAUACAUUAAAUUUUAU